UUUCAAGGCACAAAACAAUGGAAAGGCCCCAAAAGUUUUCUAAAGUAUCAAAUCCAUACCUAUAUAUACCAUCAUCAUUGGCAUUACCUUCCAAAAUAAAACACCCUCUUUAUUUGUUUUAAAGAACAUUUUCCUGGAUCAUCUAUGGCAGAACAAAGGCAACUAUUCCGAUUUCGGCUCCCUUGGCAAUCAGCACCAGCUGCGCCUCCACCUCCACCUCCACCUCCACGUCCUUCAAGCGAAUCACAGCCUCCUGGUCCUAAAAUUGAAACCCAAACGCCCGCUCAAUCCAGCACUGCCUCCAUUCAGAGGCCACCAUUCAGGCCUGCAGGGAUUGCCUCGUCAGUACUGCCCCCUACAGCUUCCCAAGCACGUGCAGCACAACCUCAAUAUCCUCGGUCGCCAACACCAUCGCCAACAGUCGCUUCGAAGCCUCGAUCAGCACCUCAAACUCGGGCUGAAGCUCCAUCACCUUCACGUGCAGCGCCUCAAACCGGAGCUUCCGGCUCUGUGCCCUCAUCACCAUCUCGCACAUCUCAGGCCCAACCAGCAUCUGGGACAACCUCUUCGCCUAUAUCUCGUCCAUCCUCUCCACCUGCUGACCGACGGACAUCACAACCCUCUUCUCCAUCUCGCCCAACCGCUCAGGUGGAACCAACCGGUACAACGAAAUUACAACCAAUUCAAGAAAGCUCUCAGCCUUCGGCCGCUGCCACUCAGCCCCCAUCAUCUCUCUCUGAGAAAGAACCAAAGCCAGUGGUGACUCGUUUAUCCUCUCCACCUGCUGACCGAAGGACAUCACAGCCCUCUUCUCCAUCUCGCCCAGCAGCCCAGGUGCAGCCAGAUGUUACAACGAAAUUAAAACCCACAAUUCAAGAAAGCUCUCAGCCUUUGGCUGUUGCCACUCAGUCCCCAUCGUCUCUCUCUGAGAAAGAACCAAAGUCAGUGGUGUCUCUGCCACUAUCACAAGAGCCUCAACUCAAGGCCGCACAAGUGCCAUCUGAAACUAUUUCCAAUUCCCAGAACCGUACCCCAAUUAAAACCUCCUCUAAACUAGAUGGAGUGACGACACCGCCCACAGAAGCUUCACAAACUUCUCCAACUCAAAAGUUAGAUUCUAAUGCCAUUGGUGGCGAUGCUAAGCCAAAGUUAGAGGAAAGGGAAGUAGGGAAGGAAGUAGUGCGAGAAAUAAUUGAAGAAAAAACAAAUGGAUCAAGUUAUGAAGACCCAGCAAAGAAGACAAUCACUGCUGCGUUUCAAGAAAAACAGAAGCCAAAGUGGGAGAAGGAAGAAUCUUUUGACAGAAAGGAGUCAGUAGUCGCCACCAGUUCUAUUCCAAAACAGGUCAACAUUGCAAGUUCAAGACAUCCGAAGGAAAGGAGAUCAUCAAGCACAUUAACUACACAAAAACCGAGUGUUAUCUUCAACGGAGAACAACUUCCCCUGCACGAAGAGGUAAGGAGAGAUAUCUCUAAAUACGUUCAAAAGCUUACCACUAGCCAAUCCGAUUAUAAAAUGCCAGUUAGUGUCAUAACCCUAUCUGGUGAAAAUAGAGGAGCAUCAAUGCAGUUGGGCUUAGAGUCGACCAAAACAGAUGAAUUUGUCCCCAUUCACCGGGGUUACAAGCUCAACUCAGAUGAGAGCACUGACGCUACCACUGACGGAGAAGGGAGCUCCACAGAUAAAAGGACCAGAGAUCCAACCCCAAAAGAAAAUCCCCCAUCAAGGGCAUAUGUUAAUAGCAAUGUACAGAGUGUCAAUAACUCCAUUUUGUUCGACACUUCGGUCACCGAAAACAAUCCUGGCGUCCGGUUGGUUGUAUCAAAUAAACAAGAAGAACCACACAAGGCUGAGUUCAACGUCACCCCGGCGGAGAAGCUUAAGUAUCAACCAACAGUAAGAAGACGGUGCCUCAGAGGCCUUUUCAUGGAAUCAAGUGACUCGGAUACUCCGGAAAAGCGUCGACGUCAUGGUUGCCGGUUUAGCUGUGGGGAGAAUCUUUCUCUUGGUUGGAUGGCGUAAGUAUAUUUUCUCAUAAAGUUUGUCACACAUUGAUAAUAAGGAUGUUAUAACAUUCACCAAGUCAUGCUUUCCGUGUCAUGUUGUUAUUCUCUAUAGCUACCCCAUAUUUUGUAUAUUCCAAACUCCAUUUUCAUUGGGUUUAAGGUAAUUGUUUAUAUGUACAAUUAAUACAAUUGUUAA